AUGGCAUUAAGUUGGGAGUUCGCGGCUGGAUGGAUGGAGGUGAGCGAUGCAGCCGAUGCUCAAGCAGGGUCACGCAGCGCGUCACACGCAUUUCUGUUCUCAAACUUGGCCAUGAUUUUAUUACCACUAAUAACCACUCUCUGUCUCGUUAUCCACGCGCACGCCUCUGCACUCACGACCGCAAUCUCAGCCAACGAGCGACUAUGUUUCUACACCGAAGUUGACAAGGCGGGUGAAAAGAUUGGUUUCUAUUUCGCUGUGCAAUCCGGUGGCUCGUUUGAUAUCGACUUUGAUGUCAAAGACCCAAAUGACAAAAUCAUGCUUGAAGGCCAGCGGGAGCGUCAGGGCGACUAUGUUUUCACCGCUAACCACGUCGGCGAAUACGCAUUCUGUUUCGAGAACGACAUGUCAACGCUCACAGAGAAACUUGUCGACUUCGAUAUCAUGGUAGAGAGCGAACCGCGGAGAGACCCGCCAGCGAAGCCUGGUCAAAUUUCUGAACAUACCAGUCCUCUGGAGGAGAGCGUGUUCAGGCUGAACGGGAUGCUGAUGAACGUCAAGAGGACGCAAAAACACUUCCACACACGAGAAAAUCGCGGUUUUUCGAUUGUCAAGUCUACACAAAAUCGCUUGUUCUGGUAUGCGAUCAUUGAAAGCGUCGCUAUAAUUGGCAUGGCUGUCUUUCAGGUCUACGUCUUACAGACAUUCUUCACUAAGACUGGGCGACGGUAUAAAGUUUGA